CCGCUUCCUCUGUUUCCCCCUGAAUGAAGCCUUCCGAGCAGGCCUUCCGGGACGCGUCCUCGCUCUCUUCUGAGGCGAAGGCGGGGACCCAAGGAGGAGGCCAUGGGGGCCCGGAGGCGGCGGAGGAGGCGGUGAGCGGGGCCUCGGGGCCUAGGCCGGGCCUCCUCCUGCUCCUCCGAACGGCGGGGGAUGCUGUCCCGGAAGAAGGCCCGCGGGGAGGUGUCGAAGCCCGGGGAGGUGCAGGGCAAGUACGUCAUCAAGGAGACCAGCCCCCUCCUCCGCAAUCUGAUGCCUUCCUUCAUCCGCCACGGACCGACCAUUCCGAGACGGACAGACCUCUGCCUUCAAGAUCCCACUCCGCCUGCCUUCUCCGUAGUUGGAGACGGGGCCGUGUCCCGGAACCAGAGCUUCCUCCGGGCCCCAGUCCAGAGGCCUCCGCACGAGGUCCUCCGCAGGGAAAGCCACCGGCUCUCGGCCCCUUCCUACCUGGCCCGGGGUUUGGCCGACGUGCCCCGGGAGUACGGAGCCUCCUCGCAGUCCUUCCUGACCGAGGCCAACCCUGGGACUGAAAAUGGCGAGGCGGGGCCCCGUUACUAUUACGACCACUUCUACAACGGUCAGAGACGGCACGCGCUGGGGGAGCACCUGCAGGAGGAGUACCGAUACUAUGAACACAACAACGACCUCGUCCAGAGGAUGCCGCACAAUCAGGGAAGGCACAAUUCAGGCCUUGGGAGGGUGGCUGCUACUUCGCUGGGAAACUUAACGAACCACAGUUCGGAAGACUUGCCUCUCCCUCCUGGCUGGACAGUGGACUGGACUCUUAGGGGGAGGAAGUACUACAUUGACCACAACACCAACACAACGCACUGGAGCCACCCUCUGGAGAGGGAGGGCCUGCCUCCAGGGUGGGAACGGGUCGAAUCGGCUGAGUUUGGCGUGUAUUACGUCGACCACAUCAACAAAAGAGCGCAGUACAAGCACCCCUGUGCCCCCAGUGUUCCCCGCUACGACCAGCCGCCUCCUGUGACCUAUCAGCCGCAGCAAGUGGAGCUGAGCCAGCCGAUCCUGGUGCCGGCCAAUCCCUACCACACGGCAGAGAUCCCAGACUGGCUGCAGGUCUACGCCAGGGCACCGGUCAAGUACGACCACAUCCUGAAGUGGGAGCUCUUCCAGCUGGCCGACCUGGACACCUACCAGGGGAUGCUGAAGCUCCUCUUCAUGAAGGAGCUGGAGCGGAUCGUCAAGACGUACGAAGCCUACCGGCAGGCGCUGCUCUCAGAGCUGGAGAGCCGCAAGCAGCGGCGGCAGUGGUACGCCCAGCAGCACAGUAAGAACUUCUAGCCAGGAUGUGCCUUGGAUGGACGCGGGGGGCCCGGGGACUUUGAAGGGGCCUUCUCACUCUCUUGGCGGUAAAUAAUCGCGGAACAAGGGCUUUGGUUGCAAAAGGCAACGUCUCUGCCUUGAUGUCGCACCUUUUGUAAGUAUCCUCUUUGUAUCUCUUGUAUGCAGAAGACUUUUUUUGUUAUAACGUCUUACUCCUGGUUUGGAGAGAAAAGACUGGAACUCCAACAUCAUUGUUUUGGCUGGAAUCUUCUUUUUUAAAAUUCCAGCUAACUUGUUGGAGAAGCAAAGCUUUAUUUUUGAUGUCAUUUGUAAGAAUUUCCACUCUGAAUUUCCACUAUGCAGUUGUUGGUUAGACCAGGGCCCCUUUCUGGCUCAGUGCAACAUGGAUGGAUCUGUGUUCGCGGCAAUAUAUAAAGAAGAGCCCAGUGGAUCUUGGAAGCAUUGGAGAAGAUGUUUUUCCUUAGACUCAAGCACUUAAUAAACACCUACCUUAUUCUGACUGUUGAGCAGAUGAUCAGUUUGGCACAAUGCUGGAAUUCUUCCCAGGCUCCUCUCAUCGUGGAAGGCGGCCUCAUGUAGCCAUUGGGAAUACAUUCCCCAUCAGAAGUAGCAGUGGACUGUUUUACAGGAUUUUUUAAAAUCUGAAGCCAAACUUGCCUCUGCAUCCGUGACUUCGGGGCACCUCCUCCGCAGCCUCAACAUGCUGCGUAUGGGUACUCCUUAGGAGACACGGAUUGUAACCCUUGUGUCCUUUCAAUCUCAAAUAAAUCUUUUUACAUUUUUGAGUGAAAGCAGCCUUA